CAAUGUGAUUGGUCGUCUUUGAUGCCGUUAGUUACUAUAUUUAGAACAGCCAAAAUCGAAAUAUAAAAAGAGACUGGUCAGCGGAGUUACCAUUCAGGCCAAAUCUGCACCAAAAGAUUUGCGAACUUGAGAAUGGAAUCAGUUUUGUAUUGGGUAUUUGACCAACACCGUUAUCGGAAUUCUACAAGCUAACGAUGGCUACGCGAACUUAUACAAUCAAAGACAAAGAAAUAGAGAUAAAAUUUGAAAUAGACGCUCGAUAUAAGCUUAUUGAGAGCAUUGGCAAUGGUGCAUAUGGGGUCGUCUGCUCGGCUUUGGACACCAAAACUGGUGCAAAAGUUGCUGUUAAAAAGAUUCCUAGAACUUUCGAUGUGCUCACAGUAGCGAAAAGGACUUAUAGAGAACUUAAGAUAUUACGGCACUUUAAACACGAUAAUAUUAUUUGUAUUCGAGACAUCAUGAAGCCUCCAGAAAACUCAGAUGAAUUUGAGGAUGUAUAUGUUGUGUUUGACUUGAUGGAAGCGGAUCUACAUCGAAUUAUUCACUCAAAUCAACCGCUUACUGACGAACACGUUCGAUAUUUCCUUUACCAAAUUUUACGUGGUUUGAAGUACAUUCAUUCAGCAAAGGUUCUACACAGAGACCUAAAGCCUAGUAACUUACUCGUGAACGAAAAUGCUGAGCUAAGAAUCGGCGAUUUUGGGAUGGCACGAGGGCUGUGCUCCUCCCCAGUCGAACAGAAGCGAGUCAUGACGGAAUAUGUGGCUACUAGAUGGUACAGAGCGCCGGAGCUGAUGCUUUCGUUAAAUGAGUAUUCAGAAAGUAUAGAUAUGUGGUCGGUUGGAUGUAUUCUUGCUGAGAUGCUGGGAAGAAAACAUCUUUUUCCUGGAGCGAACUACUUGAACCAACUUCAGCUCAUUCUCAGUGUCACUGGCACACCAUCAGAAAGUUUUAUCCAAAGAAUGGGAGCAGAAAGAGUCAAGACAUACCUUCACCGUUUACCAAGCAAAGAACCGGUACCUUUUACGAAGAUUUUCCCUAAUGCUCAUCCAGAUGCUGUGGAUUUAUUAAGCAAAAUGCUACAACUGGAUCCUAAACAAAGAAUAUCAGUUGAAGAUGCUUUGAAGCACCAGUUUUUAAAGGAUUAUCAUAAUGUCGAUGACGAACCAGCAUGCUACAAAGAAUUAGACUUUGAUUUUGAUAAUGUACUUAUGACCAAAGAGGCUCUCAAGGAUGCUAUUAAAAUGGAAAUAGAGGACUUUCAGAGGAAGAAAAUGUUGAUGCUCUCUCCUGUCUUAUCAACUGUUAAUACUGCAAACGAAAGUACAGCAGAAAAUAAAGGUGUUUCAGCUCUGACUCUUGCUGCAAUACAACAGAAGGGAACACAAAAUUUAAAGAGAAAAAAUGACAAAGGCCACCAAAAGGGGAACAAGAAACCAAGACAAAAGAAACAAUCUAAAGAGAAUAAUGAUCAAAAUAAAGAUGAGUCUGGUUUGAGUGAAACAGACAAAAAACUCCUUGAAAGAUGGGAAAACAUGAGAAAAAAGACUAAACCCUUCAUUCAUCCAAUUCGCAAGUACAUGGAGGAACUAAAUGCAUUGAAAGAGGAAGCAAUUGAACUAGGAAAUCAAACAGAAACUGUAAUGCCUACACCUGGUGCUUCCCAACCAAUACAGCAGUUUCAGUUUACGCAAUUUGUUCCACAGGAUUGCAAUGGCAAUGUUGCUACUCUAAAAGCAGUCAAAGUACCAUUCACAGUUGCUCCAAAUCUUUUGAUACAACAAAGUACAACACAAUCUCUUGUUAGUGAAAUUCAAGGUAAAGAGAAUACAGCUACAGCCAUUCCUGCCUCAAACAUAACAAAGCCAUGUAAUCCUCUUUCAACUUUAAAGGCUCCAUUGCUAUGUGAUAAGGUCCCUUUGAACAUUCUUCCUAAUUUGAAGCAAAUUACAUCAACAACACUUGCAAAUACAACAACUGCUGCCAUGGCAACAUCCAUUCCACAAGCAAGUACAGCUUCUCUGAGCAAGCCAAGUAUUACAACCAAUGGAAACACAAUGCAAUCUAGUUAUCUUCAAAUGCCUUCUUUCCCAGUCGUUCAUGCAGUUGCCCCAGCAAUUGCCCAAGUGCUGCCAGGCAAGAUUGCAUUACCAAAAGCUAUUAAUGCUGCCCCAACAAAGGCUCAUCAACCCAUCCAUCCACAAUCAUUGCAAUAUGCUAUAGCACCUUUAAAUUCAACCCCAACUCUUCAAGUCUUCAAUUCACCCGUGUCUCUUGUACCAGCAGCAGUUUCCAAGGCAGGCAAUGCAGGCAAUGAAGCCACAAGUGGUGGAGCAUUUCAACUUAUAACUUUAUCAAACAAACCAAACAUUCUCAACACAGUGCAAAAAGUUAUACCAAGUCAACAAACAUUACCAAGUAAUAAUGUACAAGUAACCACACCAACUGUUUCMAUGGGAGUAGUCACUACAUAUAUGCCUUGUUCAAGAACUUCAAAAACUACAGUAUCAACUCAGCAAAAUUUGGUUCCACUAAGCUCAAUUACUUCUGUUGGAAAUAUAAGUACAACUUCUGUCCUUCCUUCAGUACCAGAGACAUUAGCAACCACAGUACCUUCAAAUAUUCUCUCACUUCCAGUUCCACUCACUAACAUUCCUACAACAUCCACUUUUGUUUCAAGUGAGGGCCCUACAUGCAUAACUAAUGCAAUUCCUAAUUCUGGAAUUGUCAGACCUACACAAAGUCAUACCCAAUUGUCUACACAAGUCAUACCCACUGGAAGAAUCUCUACUGCAUCCACAGCUAUUUCCUCUGUUCAAAGCUACACGUCAAGUCAAGUCAGCUGUGCUGCAGCCAAUGUGUCCAGCAGUUCAAACAGACUUAAUACCAAGGAAACGUCUUGUGGUCUUACAGUUUCAACAUCGAGAGAGCAAGAAGCCAUUACACAACAAAAUGUUUUAGUUGGAAAUUCUACACUCGAGAUUGCAGUGACUCAGCCUCAAACGUUAACUAGCUCUUGGAAUAUACUGAACAAUGUUCUGAAUGGAUCCAGCAAUCAGUCAAGUUCAUACUCCACAACCUUUCUGAGCAAUCCAGAUCCUAACCUCAUGUUCGCAACUUCAAGCACACAAAACUCUACAUCAAACCAGCAAUCACAACCACUGGAAAACAUUUCCCCUGCUACACUUACUACAGAGCAACAACAGUUUCUGCAGUUCCUUGCUGGAGAAAGUAACCUUCUUAGUGGUCAAAGUCAAUUACAAAGACUUCUAUCGGCGGUUGGUGAGCAAGACACUUCCGAUGACAGUUCUUGGCAAAAUGAAAGCUUCAUGGAUGAUACCACCACACAAGAAAAGACCGUAGAGGAAGUUAUAUAUAGUAAUUGCCUGUCAGCAAAAGCUAAAGGUGCUGGAAGUGGCUAUGGAUUAGGAAUUGACAUUGAAGAAUUGUUUGCCAAUUCAGGAGCUGAACUCAACCUGCUGAGUCCAUCGAUUCCUACUAGCAACAGCAACCUUCUUAGUAGUCCCUGUUUAUCAGCAUCCCUACUAUCUGAUUGGCUGGCUGGACAAGAAAUAUUACCCGUCGAUAUGGAAGAAAUACAGAAGGAAUUAGAAUCAAACUCUGCACUGGCACUGUUUCAAGAAAUUGACAGUUCAUAGAAAACACCAACAAUUUAAACUCAAAACCUUGUAUUUGAAACUGUCAUCAUCAAGUCUCAUUUAGGGAGUGUAAAAAAAUAACAAGAAAAUAACAACAACAACAAUAACAGCAAAGAAACAAAGCUACAUUUAAAAAACAACAACAUACACAAUCCAAAG